CAUCAGAUGACCUUGGCGAAAAAACAUACCGCAACGGUCAAUCGACACACCGCACCUUCUCGAAGCUCCGGAUAUGAGAACAAAGAGAUGGAGUGUGUGCCAGAACUGCAGGGCCAAGAAGCUCGCAUGCGACGGAUUACAACCAGCAUGCUCACAAUGCGCUUUGAGGAACAAGCCCUGCAGUGGAUAUAAACAAAACUACGUAUUCAUGCCUGGGAACGCUUCGAAUACCAGGCUGAAAGGGAAAUCGACACAAAGAAAGGGGAUCACAUCUGCCAGAGCCGCAUCAGCGCCCAGCACGUCUACAUCUGAUGCCAGAGGUUCGUGUCACAACAUUCUGUCUUCUGCAAUGCAUUUGAUCACCCCUGAUGGUCUAGACACAUCUAAUCCGUCAGCAUUCUCUCAUACUCUGGAAGACGAUAUAAGGUUUAUUGUGCGGCAAUACGUACCCAUUAGUGGAGAUGUCUCUCCCAAAGCCAUGGUUUCUCAAGCGCAGAACGAAAUCUGCGGAGCUUGGGUGGAUGUUCUUCCAGUCGUGGCCAUGACCAGAGGAAGUGAACAACCCUUGACCUCUGCAAUCGGGACCUUAGCCCUCGUACUUCGAUAUUACGUUCUAAAGGAGCAUGUGCGCCAUUCCGAAAUUCUUGACAUGUACUGCCGUGCACUUGAGAAUUUGGGUAAGGCGCUGGCCGACGCUCAAGGUAUUUUCCACAUCGAGCACUGUAUUGCAAUGAUGUGUCUAGCGGAUGCUGAUGUUGCGGCUCCAACCUUGAAAUCUGGUUGGAUGAUGCAUGUCAAAGCUGUUGGCGACAUGAUGGAGCGCUUGGGGCCCACCCCCUUUGCUGAUGAUCCAAUGCAUACAAUGUUUAUCGGUUUUAGGCCUUUGCUCCUGUGGAGCUCAAUGCUGAACCGGCGCGGGGCGUUCCUCAUGCGAAAAGAGUGGACGACAAGACCAUUCGAAGGCCAGCCUGUAUCCAUGAUGCAGCGACUACUGAACCUAGCUUGUGAGCUGCCCGCACUUCUAGAGAGGUUUGAUGAAACGAUUGACUCUCUGGAACAUGACCUUGGGAAGAUCGAACAUCUUUGGGGCGAAUUUUGCGCCCUGCUCUUGAAAGUACAAGAAUGGGAACAGAAUGUCACAUCAGAAACACCACAGCCACUGGUAUGGUCGAAGUGUGACCCCAACAUCUGGCCGUCAUCAAAUAGUAGCGCUCUUUGGUUCCCCAAUCUGAUGGUAGCGAAUAGUCUGACGCAUUGCUGGGGCUUCGAAAUCGUCAUGAGGACACAUCUCAGCACUCUGCACCAACUCAUCUAUAAAACCAGGCAAUACCACCCGCAAAUUCACAAGGGCAUGAAUGCAGAAGCCUUCGAAGAGGCUUCGAUCCUGAUCCUAGCAGAGAAAAUCUGCGACAGCACUCCCUAUUUGUUGCAGACAAAGUUCAAGUUUCAUGGUUUGUGGUCCGCGCACUUCACUCUUCCUACAGCAUUGAGAGUGUUAAGGCAAAAGCAGGAGGAUGACGGCAGUCCAAACGAACGGUGUCGGCGGAUAGAGAGCCUACUAGCUGAUAGGGAAAUUUACUUCCCAGACAUUCAGCAAUGAAGCCUCACUGUUACCAACUCCAGGUUCCAACAAUUUGAAUAACUCUAAUGCAUCUCUUAUCGAAAAUAAAGAGGCUGCCAGAGGAAAGCAUAAAAGGCGCUAUUGUUUUUAUAGAUUGUUAUGGUGGCAAGAGGUAUUGCAGUGGUGUUACGAACAGGUUGAGAUACUUGAAAUUGUAUCAUAUACGAUAACGUACCCCACGGGCGAGCGGAUCAACGGGCGAGCGAAUCACUUUUGCCAAGCCCCCACCAAAGUAUCCUCUACAUACCAAUGCCUCAACAACAACCUAAUCUUAACGCGUUAAAGGAAGCUCAAAUACAGCUUGCGCUUCAAGC